AUGGUUGAACCAAGAGGCACUAGCCGUCUUAUUGAAUAUAAUCAACCUGUUAAUGAGAAUACUCGUUUUCUAUAUUAUUCUUAUAGAGCUAGAAAAGAAAGGGUAAAUGUUAAAGCUCGAACAGCGGAUAGAAUCGUUGGAAUACCAUUAAAUCCAAGUACAGCGACUCAUAUGAUAACGAAAAUUUUAUGGGGGUUUGAAACUUUAUGUAUCAUACAAAUUCCAAAAAAUCAAUCUGUCAACGUAGUCGAUCAAUUGCUUCAUCGUAUUUGUAAUCAACUUCAAAAUAACCAAAUUCCAAUUGAAGUUAAUAGUAUUGAUCAACAUCUCAUUAAUCAAUUAACAAAUAUUACUGUAUAUGGAUCCGAAACGUGUGUCGAUCGGCCGAAUACAUCAUUAUUAACUAUUCUCACUAGAAUACAAGAUUGGCAAAGAAAUUGGGAAGUUCAUCAACCACUUAUCUAUACGAUGCAACCGUUAAGAUGGCUUUAUAGUAGCUCUGAAUUUUCAGGACCAUAUUCCUUACCUAGUUCAACUAAUUCUCAUAUUACACGAACAGAAAUGCUAAUCAAUCAUAUAAAAAAUCAGAUAAAAGACCUUGGAGAAAUGCUUCGAAAUCUUCCGAUAAAUUUUUCGAGUGGAACACUUAAUGAAUGUUUAAAAGAUAUUCAACAACAAUAUCGUUUGAUGUUGAAUUCACAGGCUAAUAUUCAAGAAUGUCUUAGACGAGCUCUUGCAGAUGUUCGUCGACAACAUGUCAAACCAAGAGCGUUAGAGAAUAUCAUUGCAGAUCGACGUUAUGUAUGUUUACGUAAUGCUGAACUGGAGAACUUUUGCAUUGAUGUUAAACAAUUGUUAAACAAAUCGAUAUUAAUCGAAAAAUUAAAGAACAAUCAAAUUGAAUAUAUCAAUGUGUCCGAUGUCCGUCCUAAUCAAGAAAUACCAAUACUAAUGACAAUUGAUAAUAUUGAUGACAUGUUUAAGCGUGUUUAUGACAAUGAUUCUGUAAUUCUUUGGUAUUCAAGUGACCGUUUAAAACGUGAACAAGAAGAUAGAUGGCAACAAAUAGAUCAAGAAUUAACUUCAGAACGACAACAUGUGGAACAACGAAUAAAAUUAGUCUAUGUUGAUUUCACUUACUUCAAAGAAAAAUUAGAAAAUUUUACCAUUGUAAGAUUACCAUUGGCAGAAAUACCGGAAACUGAGCGUGAUCCUAAUAGAGGUAAGAGAUCGGGUUAG